AUGGCAGAAUCAUUAUCAGAUGAUGAUAAAACAGAUUCUAUUGAAUCAUCUUCAUUUCAAGAUAAUUAUGAAGAUUUUAAUAAAGAAUUUAUGAAGAAGCUAUUAUAUAAUCAACAAAACGUUAAUUGGUGUGAUUUUGAUAUUAUGAAAGAUGGACAAUUAUCAUUUUGGGAAUGUGAAUUUUUAAACGAAAGUGAAAAUUGGACAAAAAGUACAUGUUCUUGUCCAGCUUGUUUAAAGUAUUAUAUUUGUAAACACAUUGUAGGCUUAGCAGCACGAUACAAAUUAUGCAGCAUCCCAUUGGAAGCUAAAAAUAUUCCUUUGGGACAAAAAAAGAAAAAGAGGCCGUGUUGCUAAAGCUAAAAAAGCAUUAAUUGUGCAAUAGUUUUCUUUUUUUUGCUGUGUUUUUUUGUUAUAAGUGAUAAUCGUAUCUUUAUUUUUUUCUAUUACUUUAAUUAUUAAUUAGAUAUAACUUUGUGUUGUUAGGUAGUGUUACUUGAUAAAUUAGAUAUAAAUAAAUUUUAAAAUUAGAUAUAUUAUUUUCUUAAUUAGAUAUAAAUUCGUCCUAUAUUAGAUAUAAAUUUAUUUUAAAAUUAGAUAUAGAUUGCCAUAUUUUUAGAUAUUAGUUUAAAUUUGCCCCUAAAUAAAUUAUGUAUAAAUGUAUUAAUCUAAUUUAUAUACAAUCACGUAUCUCAAACAUAAGUUUACACCCAUAAUUAACAAGUGAAACAAGUUGCACAUGUUACGUAUGGGAAUAAAUAAGAAUAAGAAAAAGCCUUUAUCUUCAGAAGUUGUUCUUAAAUAUAUGCAUACUAUCAUCACUAAAUAAAUUAUUUUUUCUCAAACAAGAUACCCAACGUCUGUAUGUGCGGUUUAGUUAAAAUUUGUUUCUUUCAUCUUUUUUUGUGAAUUUUAUUCUCAAAAGAAGAUGUUAAUAAAGAUUAUUUGCAAGAUUAGGCUGCUAGAGCCCAAAGAGAAAGAGAAAAAGUCAUCGAAAAAUGUUGUUUCAGAAUUGAUCACCAACAUCUGACAUCAAAUUUAAGACUUCUUUCCAUGACUAAUUGGGUAGCUUACUGAAUUAAAAACGAAAAGUAUAGUUUUUUGCAUGAUUUCAACAUAAUGUUGUUAGUCCGACGUGUCAAUAAGCUGUGGUGUCUUUUAUUGAAAAAUACCUCAGCAGAAUGACCAACUUAUAUGCUUGAAGUUCGCAUGAAAGUGGAAAUGCGUAGUGCCUAAUUCAUGACAUUUGAAUUCUUCAAGUUAACGGAUUCCGAUUUAAAUUUAUAGUGAGAGAGAUUUUCUUGCUCUGAAGAGUAAAUGAACAUUAAACCAAAUUUUAGAAAUUAGUGCUUAAUACUAAG